GCAUCCUUACUGGCUCCGGUGGUUCCUCUGGUUCCUGGACACUUUGAAGCCCACAUUCCCCCUCCAGCCCCGUAUUCAGGUGAGGCUGAAUCCUGUAGCGCAUUCCUUUCGCAAUGUUCCUUGUUCUUCACGUCACACAGCCCUCUGCUUUCCUGCCAGAGAGAAUGAAGGUGGCUUAUGUCAUCUUGCGCCUCACCAGAAGGGCUGCUGAUUGUGGAACCGCCAUGUGGGACAAUGGACGUGCUUGUUGCGUGUCGUUCUUAGCAUUCGCCAUGGAGCUCUGCCGAGUAUUCGAUCCGGCCCUGCUGCAGUGUGAUGAACUUCUCACCGCCCAGAGGAGGCGGAGGUGGAGCCAGGUCCCUGCUCCUCAUUCGCUGACAGCAUCCAUGGCCACGGAGGUCGUUCCCCUGCUGCUGUCAGCGCCCAUGGUCACUGAGACCGAUCCACUGUCAGCAGCCACAGAAGCCAUUCCCUUGCUGCUGCCAGCAUCCACGGCCACGAGGGCCGUUCCCCUGCCGCUGACAACGUCCACGGCCACAGAGGCCGUUUCCUUGCUGCUGCCAGUGUCCACGGCCACUUGGUUCUGUCUCGUGUAUCUGUCGGUUGCCCGUGUGUCUGGUGUGUGGUUGCCGUCUCUGCCCGCAUGUCAGGAGUUAAAUUCGCUUUUCUCUGCUGGCUGUUGUUCUGCAUCUCCCAAAGCUUCAACGGAGGAUUCUACAAAUCUGUUCCUGACUUCCACAAUGCACACACUCUCAUCCUACAAACACACUCUUCACGGAUUGGCCCUUGCACGACUACGACGCGCACGCCAUUGGAGAUCGCUUCCCACUGCUGCAGCUGGUGUCGGGAUUUUCUACAUUCCUCAAUCCAGUGACUGCUCAUAAUAACUGUUAAUUAACCUUUGAACUGUUCCUCUGCUCUUGGGUAUGUUUGUCUCACUAUUGUUCGUUACAAAAAAAAAACUAUCAUUUAUCUGAAGGUAUUCAGAUUGUCUUUGAAUCUUAACCUUUAUCAAAGAAUUAAUGUGACAUUAGUUGCCAGUUGCUCUAUUAAUGCUAUUGACACCCACAUGUGAAGAGUAAAACAGCACUGUGUAUGGAACUAAAAUCAAUGCGUUUCCAGUAUGUCAGAGAUGCAAGUAAAUGAUUUUGGCAGUGCUCUGAGUUUGCUCUAUUCAUGGCUGUCUUCAGUCUGUAGGUGGCGGCACUGUUUUAAGGACAUCAAUAAGUCUAUACAAAUGCUUUCUUAUCCUCUAGCUUGCAAAGAACAGUUUACUUUCAUUAAAACUGCAGACUAAAAGUCACAACACCUACUAUUUUUUUUUCUUUGCUUUAAAAGGUCCAUAUU